AUGUGGUCCCACAUUGCUACUGCGAGCAUCUCUCUCGCAAAGCGGGUUGCAACUACUGAAGAACCGAGCGCCCCCAAUUAUAAUCUGCCGGCUUGGGCUAUCGGCCUCCUCCUGCUCGUUUUCGUCGUUUUCCUUUUUCCCUUCCUCUUUACCACAUAUACGCUGAAGACAGUGUUCCCAGUGCUGGCCAUCAUCGAAAACCCCAACCCACCUUCGUAUGAAGCUGUCGCCAAUGACGAACACGAUGACACGCCUGCGUCGACCACCCACACAGACGGAGAAGAUGCCCAUGACGAGACAGGGGACGCCGCUGCGGCGGUGCCUAUAACUUCCAGCCUCAAGCGCACCUUUCGCAUUGUCCGCUCGGCUGGCGGCAUGCGCAGCAGCUUCCGGGGUCUCUACCUGGCCGUUGUUAUCGCCUUCGCUGUGUCUGCUGUCAGCGGCAUCGUCGGUGCCAUCCCUUUCAUCCCCACGUCUGUCGCUGUGCUGCUAGCAACUUUGUCUCUGGUGCAGCUGCACGUGGCUUGGGUGCAUGCCGUCAUUCGUACCGGGAGCACACCUAGGGCUUUCUGGCGCAAUCUGCCGCCCUUCCGCCGCACCUUUGAGGCCACGAGCCUCCCGGUCUUUCUGUCGUGGGUCGCCUCUGCGAUCACCAUGUACAUCCCGCUGCUGGUGGGCAACCUGCUGGGCCUCCCAUCGUGGAGCGCCCGCACGCCGAACGUGGUGCCCGUCUUCAACGCCCACAUGAUCUGGAAGGUGGCCGUGGCUGGAGUCAUCCAGCUCGCGCUUGUCUUCUUGCUUGUCAUCCCGGCGACUGUUGUGCUUGUUCGCGUGCAGGCCAGUCUGCUGCCGCCCGACGAGGACACUAUCGUGCCGUUUGACCGAUCGUUUGGCGGCGCGGUCGAGCCUCUCAUUGUGAGCGGUCGCGGCUAUGCCACGGUCCGCGAUGCUUACCGCACCUUUUCGCGUGCAUCUUGGAAGCGGCUGCUUAUCCUCUACACAAAAGUGUACCUGGUUUCCAUCGCCUUCAACUUGCUUUUGGCAGCCGUCGUCAUCCCGAUUUUUGUGCUGGCAGGCAGCAAGGGCGUCAAGACACCUAGCAACUAG